AUGGGUCUCUUGCGGGUAGGCCUCUUUGUGGGCGGCUUUGCGUUGCUGGCUCAUUUCAUAGCUGACAAGCUUCACACAAAACUUCCUCUACAUUUCGACGGACACGUGGAGAAAGGAUAUGAGAGCAUACAAAAAGCGUUUGAGCAGAACUUCCUCGAUGGCUGGGAAGCCGAGGGAGCAUCGUUUGCCGUGUUCGUGAAAGGACAAAAGGUAGUGGACAUUUGGGGCGGGUACGCUGACAAGCAAGCAGCUCGCAUAUGGAAAGAGGACACGCUCUCGGUAGCGUUCUCAACAACCAAGGCAGUUGCAGCCGUGUGCAUAGCAAUGCUUGCCGACCGAGGACGCCUGAAGUAUGAAGAUCCCAUCUCGAAGUACUGGCCUGGAUUUGCAAAGAACGGCAAAGAGAACAUCACCAUCGAAUGGGCUUUGUCGCAUAUGGCAGGUCUACCGUAUUUCGAUACGCCCAUCACUGAGGAAAUGGCAAGGGAUCAUAACCUGAUGAGGAAGGCAAUAGAGAGUGAAACACCGAAGCUACCAGCUGGACGAAGCAGCGGAUAUCAUCUGCUUACCUAUGGAUGGCUAGCCGAUCAGAUUGUACGGCAUACAGAUGAAAAACAUCGAGGAGUGGGACAAUACUUCAGAGAAGAAAUAGCCAAGCCGCAUGGAAUUGAUUUCCACAUUGGUUUGAACUCAUCUGAGGAGCAUCGAGUGGCUCGAGCUACUCUACCUACAGUCAUGGAAGUAAUCGACCAAAUCUGGUACGACUAUCGAGUUACUCAUCAGCUCAUCAACUUCUUAGGCGCUGACAAGAACGUUCCUGUUCUAGCAAAGGAGCGAGAUGGCAAACCCUUCGCGUUGACGUGGCCACAAAUGCACUGCGAAUGA